AUGGAGGGUGGGGCGCCCUCGCCCUCAUCCUCUGCCGAGACGCCCAACUCUGGGCCGUCUGUCCUCGAUUCUGUGGCCCCUGCUCCCAGGGUGCGGGCAUUCCCCAUAGUCGGCACCAACCCCGGACCCAGGUGUGGGCACACACUGACCACGAUAGCAGGCCCGGAUGGUGACCUCAGCUCCGCCAAGCUGGUCCUAUUUGGUGGCGCCACGGCUUUGGAAGGGCAGGCCAAAGGCGACGCGCCGCCGUCUCCCGGCCCCUCCAGCGCCGGCAUCCGGCUGGCGGGUGCCACCAACGAUGUGCACAUCAUGGACGUGCGCAGCGGCAAGUGGGAGAAGGUGACGCCGCAGGGCGAGCCGCCCUCGCCGCGCGCGGCGCACGCGGCGGCCGCCGUCGGCAACAUGGUGGUGGUGCAGGGCGGCAUCGGGCCCGCGGGGCUGGCCUCCGAGGACCUGCAUGUGCUGGACUUCACAGACUUGGAGAAGCCGCGCUGGCACAGGGUGAUGGUGGCGGGUGCGGGCCCGUCUGCGCGGUACGCGCACACGCUGGCGCUGGUGGCCAACCGCUUCCUGGUGGCGGUGGGCGGCAACGACGGCAAGCAGACGCUGGCUGACUCGUGGGCGCUGGACACCAGCGAGAAGCCGUACCAGUGGCGCAAGAUUCCCGAGUCGGGGGACGACCCGCCGCCCAGGAUGUAUGCCACCGCUGCCGCCCGCUCCGACGGCCUGCUGCUGCUGACUGGCGGGCGCGACGUGAGCGGCACGCCGCUUGCCGACGCGUUUGGGCUGGCGCGCCACCGGGACGGGCGGUGGGAGUGGGCCUCUGCGCCCGGCACCAUGCCCUCCCCGCGCUACCAGCACGGCGCGGUGUUUGUGGGCGCGCGGCUGCACAUCUUUGGCGGCGCGCUGGGCGGCGGCAAGAUGGUGGAUGAGGCGUCGUCGGUGGUGGUGCUGGACACGGCGGCGGGGCAGUGGCUGACGCAGGCGCAGACGGGUCACUCGGACGACGUGAUGCGGCGGUGCCGCCAUGCCAUGGCCUCUGUGGGCCCCUACAUUUUUGUGCACGGCGGCCUUAAGGGCAGCACCCUGCUGGAGGAUGUGCUCCUGGCGGACGACAGCAGCGGCUCGGAGCUGUCGGUGUGCGACCCCCGCUCCCCCGCCUGGCAGCAGUGGAUCAACAGCAUGCACGGCAGCGAGGCGGCGGCGGCCGCGCUGGCCAACGCGGCGGCGGAGGAGGCGGCGGCGGCGGCGGCGCUCAGCAUGCGCCGGGUGGGCAACAUGGAGGAUCUGCGCUGCCUGGAUGAGGACCUGGAUGAGAACAUGCGGCUCAACAAGCUGCGUGCCGCAAACCCCGACAGCCCCAAAUCGGUGACGCUGGCGCAGCGAAGGCGCGGCGAGUUCCCGCCCACCCGCGACAUGCCCACCCCCGACGUGCGUCUCUACCACCGCGCCGUGGUGGUGGCCCAGGACGUGCAGGGCCAGCUGCGCGGCCUGGUGCGACAGCUGUCCAUCGACCAGUUUGAGAACGAGAGCCGGCGCGUGUCCAUGGGCGCCGGCGCCAGCGAGGCCUCCACCGUGCGCAACAAGACGCCGCUGUUUGAGCGCACCUUCUCCGAGCCGGGCAUCCACAAGGCGGUGCUGCGCGAGUUCCUCAACCCCCGCCACUGGUCGCCCUCGGCCGCCCGUGACUUCUUCUUCAAUUACGACCAGAUCUGCCAGCUGUGCGACCAGGCGGAGCGCAUCUUCCAGCAGGAGCCCUCCGUGCUCAAGCUGCGGGCGCCCAUCAAGAUCUUUGGCGACCUGCACGGCCAGUUUGGCGACCUCAUGCGGCUGUUUGAGGAGUAUGGCACACCCUCCACCGCCGGCGACAUCACAUACAUCGACUACCUGGUGCGCUGGGUGGUGGCGUUCCUGGGCGACUUUGUGGACCGCGGUGCGCACAGCCUGGAGACCAUCUGCCUGCUGCUGGCGCUGAAGAUCGAGCACCCGCGCAGCGUGCACCUCAUCCGCGGCAACCACGAGGCCGCCGACAUCAACGCCCUGUUUGGCUUCCGCCUCGAGUGCCUGGAGCGGCUGGGCGACCAGCAGGGGCUCAAGGCCUGGCAGCGCCUCAACACGCUCUUCAACUGGCUGCCGCUGGCGGCGCUCAUAGAGGACAAGGUGCUGUGCAUGCAUGGCGGCAUCGGGCGCAGCAUCAACAGCAUCGAGCAGAUAGAGGAGCUGCAGCGCCCGCUGACCAUGGAGGACGGCGGCAUCGUGCUGAUGGACCUGCUGUGGAGCGACCCCACCACCAACGACGCGGUGGAGGGGGUGCAGCCCAGCCCCCGCGGCCCCGGCCUGGUCACCUUUGGGCCCGACCGCGUGAUGGAGUUCUGCAGGAACAAUGACCUGCAGAUGAUUGUGCGGGCGCACGAGUGCGUGAUGGAUGGCUUUGAGCGCUUUGCCCAGGGGCACCUCAUCACGCUGUUCAGCGCGACCAACUACUGCGGCACCGCCAACAACGCGGGCGCCAUCCUGGUGCUGGGGCGAGACCUGGUCAUGGUGCCCAAGCUGAUCCACCCGCUGCCGCCCUCCACGCCGCGCACGCCCGGCUCCGCGGGCGGCGGCGACGAGAUUGAGGAGGACCCGCCCACGCCGCACCCGGGCAUCGCAGACACCUGGAUGGCGGCGCUCAACGAGGAGCGGCCGCCCACGCCGCCGCGCGGCCGCCCGCAGACGCACUCUCUGGAGACCUUCUGA